GAGUGGAAGGAAAAUUGCAAAGGAAAUCAGUUGAGAAAAGCUAAUAAGCUGUGCGUGAGAGAAAACCACAACGUGCCUUGCACGCUCAAGCAAUUGCUAUGGAAACAGAAAAUAGUGAGAUUGGAGCAGAAUCUAGUGAGAAAAAUGAGCAGGCGAAGGAAACUUUGUGCGCAGGAAACGGAAGGGUUUCGAGCGCCAUAGUUGCUAGACCGAAUGCUGCAUCUGGCCACUGGCUAUGUAUGUUGCUUCCACUUGCCCUCGCCUCGAAUCUUGUGCAUAAGGAUAGAUGUACCGAGCAAUUUUCAACACAAGCCAUGCUCACCAUUGCCGUGAUUGGUAUGAGUCUAGAGUUUCUGGGCUUCAUUCUUUAUAAGCAUUGCAAGUCGAGUUUACUGCUGAAACUGUUAAUAGCAUUUGUGCCUGGGUUGAUUACCGCCUUGCUGAAUAAAAUACUGUUGCGACAGUCAUGGAGCUACGGAUUAUUCUGGGGAUUUGUCACCACCUUCUGUUACCAAAACACUUACAUGCGCGUCAUGCGGCGCCUUCCUGGUUGUUUCAGCUAUGGCGAGGCAACUGUGCUAGUACAAGGACUAAUGCUGUUUCUUUUAAAUGUAGUGUUAAAAAUUCCUAACAUUUUCUUUCUCACUCAAGUUAGGAGUGAAUUUGAAGAUCUGAAUGUUAUCAUGAUGUGUGCACUUUUCUAUUUGUUGACUGUCUGCUGCUUGCUAGCUUCUGCCAACACUUUCCAAAAGCCCGUGUACUUUUAUCCUCUAAUGCUUUUAUUGGUCAUAGCUGUAACUUGCACUCCAAUCACAAAACCAAUUCCUAUCAUUACACUCUUGAAGUUCAUAUUAAGAGACGAAGUUAGACUGAAAAUAAUUUGUUUUUAUUUCGCAUUGGUGGUGUUGACAGUUUUAAUCGUAUGGUGGCAAACAGGAAGUGAAGGAAAAGCAUCUACAAGACUUCGUAAAAUAUUUCAUUUCCUAAUAGUAUUGGUGUAUGUACCUGGGUUAACUUACCAAUGCAGCUUUCUUUAUAUUGCAUCUGGAGUGGCAUUUGCAAUUUUCACUGUAUUGGAACUGAUUCGCAUUUGUAACGUAUACCCUUUGGCGGACGCAUUGGGGAGAGCCUUUGGAUCAUUUUCCGAUGAGAAAGAUGCCGGCAUACUCGCCCUAACACCGUUUUGUCUACUCAUAGGUUGUUCUUUGCCUAUGUGGAUAAGUCCAUGUCCUUGUGGCUUAAAUGUGUACACGAGCGAAAACCCUCGAAUUCUCCCAUUAUUGGCGGGUGUCCUGACUAUCGGAUUCGGUGACACAGCUGCCAGUGUAGUCGGCUCAAAAUUUGGGCGCAUUAAAUGGCGUAACUCGAAUAAAUCGCUAGAAGGCACUUUAGCGUUUGUGCUGAUCACAACACUGGCCAUAGUGUGUUUUAAUUACUUUGGCCUAAUCACUAUGUCGACGUCAAAAUGGCUUACUGCAGGAAUUGCGACAGUGACUACUGCUUUAGUAGAGGCCCACACAGAUCAAAUAGAUAACUUAACUUUGCCUAUCAUUUUUUAUAUAAUUGUGAAUAUAAGUUGAAACUAUGAUGAAAAUCAAAAAUUUACUCAGUUAAUUCGACAGGCAAUGGCAAAUUUCCGAUUGUUUUUCUGCCAUGAAAAAGCUUUUCACAAAAAACAACUGUCGUUCGGAGUCGGCUUGAAACUGUAGGUCGCUCCAUUUGUGGAACAACAUCAAGAAGCAAUAGGAGAAGGAGCUCGGCCAAACACCCAAAAAGGGUGUACGCGCCAAUUAUAUAUAUUUAAUUCAGCAUUUUGACGUUCUUUUUUAAAUUGAAUCAGUUAUAUGUAGGUAUUUAAAAAUCCACUUUUAUUACUUUUCAGAAUAAGCAACUAUUUCAUCGACCGAUGACAUUUCAGCGCAAUUAAGUUCUGGAUUUUGAAGCAGUUUAAAUUUUUACUUACCCAGAAUUGACACAGAUAUACUCAAGAUAUAUCCGGAAGGUGUUGGAAGCCCGCAUUAUGCUAACCAUCUUAUCACAUACCUCUUUGAACCCACUCACCCACUUACUCCCUUUUCCGUAUGACUCCUCCUUGUUUCCUAGGCCUACCGUUAAAUGAGAUAGGCGACUAGCGAAGAUUUUAUCGCACUUGAGAACAAUAAAAACAACCGAGGUCAAUACAAAAUGACCACACUUAUAUUAACCCUUCGUCAGACACCUUUUUUUAAAACCUUCAGUUAGGCACCCGGGUGUGGCCUCUCUUUGUCCUGUUCGAGGACCCUUUUUAAAUCGAUAGAAAAUUAAAUUUUAGGAAGCUACCUGGAAGCUCAAGUCGUUGCCUAUAACAGAAAUAUGUUAAAUUCACAUCCAAAGUUGAAAAACUCUGACCAGACCCGGUUGUUCAACGCAGGUUUAAGAAUUACUUCAUAUUAGCGACACCAAAAAUACCCCGAGUAUCCAAUUUUACGACCUCUAUUUUAGUUUAAUAAUUUGGAAUUCGGUCGUAAUUAAUGGACUUUAACGGAUUAAACCAAUUUUUUUUUUUCAAAACUUCGGUUUUUUUAACUUUUCUAUAUGGAUUUUAUAGUGUAAGAUUCAGGCUUUAAUUUGAGUAUAGGUUAAAGUUUCUAGCACGACAGGCUUUGAGAAAAGUAGGAGUAAAAACAACUCAAAUCACUUUUUAUAUAUCGGGAACCAGUCUCGCAUAAAAAAUAACAAUUUUGCAGUCCUGAUUUAAAUGAAAAUUAAGAAAUUAAAAAAUUAACUUCUGAUAAAUACAUGACUACCAUUCGGAACUGCGUAGGUUCGAAUCUCCGUGCAUGAAACACCAAAUAAUAGAAACAGUUUUUUCUAAUAUCGGUCGCCUCUCGACAGGCAAUGGCAAACUUCUGAGAGUAUUUUUGUCAUAAAAAAGCUCCUCAUAAAAACCCGUCUCGCAUUCGGAGGCGGUAUUAAACCGUAGGGCUCUCCAUUUGUGCAACGACUUCAAGACGCAUACACCCGCAUUUUCCUCAGCAUUUAAAUAUAUUACAAUACAUAUAUUUCGUCCUCGCAAAAAAUAAAGCCUUUCGAUUCGAGGUAUCAAAAUUUUAUGCUAAAACGUUUACAUUGCCUAUUGUCCAUAGCGGUGAAAUCCAUAGUUAAAAUAACCCGAAAUUGUUGCAAUAGUUAAACCAAAUAUUAAUAUUUUCAGUAUUUAUUAAAAUUAUAAAGAAUAAUGCGGCUUUGAGUUAUUAUAAACAUUUAAUA